AUGGCCAACACGCUUCUGGCCGCCACAAUAUCGGUCACCUUUUAUGUCGGAUUGUACUUGGUCCUGCGCCCCCGCACCCCAAACUACGCCAUCCCAGAAGAUGGAGAUUUUUCUGGAGAGUUUGUGGAGCUGGCGAGUGCUCGAAACAGAACUCCGCUUUUUACGAAUCUGCUGAUUUUCAGCCUGGCACCAUUCGCCAGAGAAACCAGUGCCAGAAAACUCUUCCGACGAAUGUCUGCCAAAAAUAACCUGACGCACAUUUCAUCGUCUGAUCUCUAUGACGCCGUGACGGACGAGGAAAAAAGCGCCAAAUUUGCACAGAGUAUUACAGUAAUCGCCGACAGGCAGCAAACUCCGGUCAUCUACGACGCAUAUCACCCGUUUGUCGAUUUCGAGAGGGUGGCCUUCAUGCCUCGUCCUGCGUACGCCGCCUUGGUGGCGCAUCCUGUGGAUACAUUUGUAAAGGCGUUUGCCGCGAAUCGCACCAAACAUUUUUGGCAGGCGCGUCUGUCCAAGUUGCCACAGAAAAAGCGCCGCCUCCAAAUGAAAGCGAUUCUGAACUCGACCUGGGCGAUAAAAGACUUUUCCUCCUGCGUUUUGCAAGGCGAUACCGAAUGUGUGCCAAAGCCAGGGUCCAUUCGGAAUUCGCUCGUUUCACAAUUCUGCGGUACAGCGCCCGACUGCAAAAAGCAUCUCAGCCGAGAGGCUUUGCAGAUAGCGAAACUCAACAUGGAGUCGCAGUUCUCCGUGGUCGGGGUGGUCGGCAUGGAAAUUGACACCCUCCGCGCCCUUCAGGCGUAUCUGCCUCUUUUCAUGAAAGGCGCUUUGUACCGCAAAUCAAACCUAGGCGUGGAGGAGGAGCUAAUCCUGACGCCAGUGGUUCGCAGGAGGUUGAUGAAAGUACUUGCACUAGACAUCGAGUUGUUCCGGUUUGCGCAGCGCAGGCUUGACAUUCAGAACAAUGUGUUAAACUCCAGGUGA